UUUACGAUGCUUGGGAUAGCGGUGGCAGGUCGGCCCGUUCACUAGGCUACAUCGGCUCCUGCCGGUGAAAAGGACAUAUUCAUCCGUGGCUUUGACAGCCUCUCCGUGGACACCGACUGUUGACAGGCUCCAUGGGCGCUGCUCUAUCCGUGCACUACGCGCUCUGGUGAUCUAUGGUGACCGGCUCGCCUCGGUGGAGUUGGUGACCCGUCGUUUUUUUAAGUUUCUAUUUGAGCGGAAAGGAUUGUUAACGCAACCCCACCCGUGCCUCUGGGAUCGAGGAAGGCAGGUGAAAGAUGGGGAGCACGAUCUCUUGCUGCGUGUCUGCCAGCCCCAAGCUCCGCAGAAACACCCACUCCAGGCUGGAGUCGUACCCGCAGGAGUCCGAGCUGGGCAGGGAGGAGACGGGAUGCAACCUGCAGCACAUCAGCGACAGGGAGAACGUCGACGAGUUGAAUAUGGAGUACAAUCCGUCGGACCACCCGCGGGCCAGCACCAUAUUCCUCAGCAAAUCCCAGAACGAUGAGGCGCCCUGCAGGAAUGUGCGAGACAAACGAAAAAGCCUCUUCAUCAAUAAUCACGGAACUUUGAGGCGUAAAUUCAGCUCCUGCUCCACCAUCUUCCUCGAUGACAACACCGUCAGCCAGCCCAACCUCAAAUACACCAUCAAAUGUGUAGCACUGGCCAUUUACUACCACAUAAAAAACAGGGACACAGAAGGAGGGAUGCUGCUAGAUAUAUUUGAUGAGAAGCUUCACCCUCUUUCAAAGUCCGAGGUGCCGCCGGACUAUGAACACCAUGACCCGGAGCAGAAGCAGAUCUACCGGUUUGUCCGGACGUUGUUCAGCGCCGCUCAGCUCACUGCUGAGUGUGCCAUCGUCACACUGGUCUACCUGGAGAGGCUCCUGACCUAUGCAGAGAUUGACAUCUGUCCAGGGAACUGGAAGAGGAUUGUUCUGGGUGCUAUCCUGCUGGCCUCCAAGGUCUGGGACGACCAGGCCGUCUGGAACGUGGACUACUGCCAGAUCCUCAAGGAUAUCACCGUGGAGGACAUGAACGAGUUGGAGCGCCAGUUCCUGGAGCUGCUGCAGUUCAACAUCAACGUGCCGUCCAGUGUGUACGCCAAGUACUACUUUGACCUGCGAUCGCUCUCAGAGACCAACAACCUCAGCUUCCCUCUGGAGCCACUCAGCAGAGACAAGGCCCAAAAACUAGAGGCUAUUUCCAGGCUGUGUGAUGACAGGUACAAGGACGUACGGAGGGCUGCGAGGAAGCGCUCUGCCAGCACGGACAAUCUAUGUGGGAUUAGAUGGGUUCCUGCAAUCCUCUCCUAAUCACUAUUCAUCUGCCAUGUACUCACCACUGGCAUCAAGCUACACACUCUGGCUGGAUGAGAAAACGCUAGUGGAAACAGGCCAACAUGGUUCUGGGCAGAGUUCAAAAACUUCAGUUUGGAUAGCCACAUAAUACAAAGAAUUGAAACUUGGUGGAACAGUGAUUAAAAGCAAAAAAAACAACCUCUGGACGUCACACCUUCAAACUGGAGUCAAGAAAGUGAAACCUCAUCUGUAGUUUUGGGAGGUGAGGUGAACGCCAAAGAGGUUUCUAACUUAACCUGAUGCCUUCACAGUGCCUCGACUCUUCGGAUCACGAAAGACAGAAGGGACUUCCUGGCUGUUAUGUCAUCCGUGGGGAUCAAUCUGUUCCAUAGUGAACCUGUCUUCAUGUAUCGGCGCAGUUCAGUUCUAAUUCGAAAAAGACAUAACUGACAUUUGACAUGACCUGCCUUUGAGAUGGCCCUGCAACUUCAUAAUGAAGCAUAUUAUUUAUUUGACGUUGAUUAUGUGAACUUAUGUGAGCGGUUGCAGCUGCCUGAACCCAUAGCACCUGCAGAAUUCCAGUAGUGUAGUUUCUUCUUAGAAUAAUAAAAGUGUCAGCAAGUUUUCAGCUUUGGAAAUACGUAUAUUCAAGGUUUACAGUAUUUCUAGCAUACCUCUCGAUACUCAGGUAGUCUGUUUAAUCUUUUGAUUUAUUGUGAUGCUCCUCUAAGGAUUGAAACACAACAUAUGAACAGUGACAAACAAAUUGCAGAUGGAAGGAGGAAGAAUAAAUACAAAUGUGACAACAGA